AUGAAUAAAGAUAUAUUAUUAAAAGUAUUAAAUAAUAAAGUAUUAGGACAAAUUAUUUUUAACAAUAUACCUUCAAUCAAUAGAUUGAAAUCAGAGAAUGGAUACACUUGGAAUCAAGUUAUAACAAAUUCAAGAUUGAUGGGAUUGUUUGGUUAUAUCGAUUGCUUAGAUAGUCAUUUGAAAUCCUUGCAAAGUGAGGAACUUCGAAUGGAUGUUGCUGCUGCAGUUUUUGGUGCUUCAAAGAGUGGGAGAUUAGACGUCAUAGAGCACCUCUUUGACAAAUACAAUACACUUGCCUAUGUAUCGAAAGAAAUAGUUCGUGUUGCCAUUGAAAACAAUCAAAUGGGAGUUAUCAAAUACUUUGAGAGAUACAGUAACUCCAAUCCCAUUGACUAUGACGAAGCAUUUAGUUUGUCACCUUUAUCUGGAAACUUGGAGUUGGUGAAAUAUUUCUCUGGUAAAAUCAAACCAGAUUCCACUGAGCUUGGCUCUCAACAAUCUAAUACACCCAGUGUUGUUUACGAUAGCGCAGCCCACCGUGGAAGUGUAGAGAUAAUCGAAUGGUUGGCUUUGAACAGACCUGGAUAUAGAGAAGGAAAUCAAAUGUAUUUGAUAGCAGUCCAACAAAACAAAAUAGAAGUUCUAGAUUAUCUAAAGAAAGAAGGAAUUGAAGAUUGUGAAGGUUACCUAUUUAAUAUUGCAGUAUUAGGUGGAAGCAAGGAGGCAUUGAUUUGGUUGUAUGACAACUGUAGUGACGAUAUGAUUCCAAGUAAUAUUUUUGACACUGCAAUCGAUAAUUGUCAGCUGGAAAUCAUGGAUUGGUUAUACCACGAAAAGGGUGCAAGUAUUGAUUAUCGGAUUUUGCAGUCUGAUACCACCAAUAAUAUCGAUGUUAUUAAAUGGUUACACUACAAUCAGAUACCGUCUUUUAAUACUCAGACCUUGGAUCUUGCAGCCAUGCAUGGAAAUCUUGAGGUUGUGACAUUCCUCCAUGAAAAUCGAACUGAAGGAUGUACAAAGGUUGCCAUAAAUCAUGCUGUAAGCUAUGGUCACAUGGAUGUUGUUGAAUUUCUAUUGGAUAAUAGGACAGAAGGAUACUCAGAGAGUAUUAUCGAUUACUACAUUAAGAAAGGUGAUCCAGACUCUAUCAAACCUAUUCUUGAACGCCGAACCAAAGGUGUUUCAGAGAAAUCGAUGAAACAAUUGGUUAAAGAUGGUAAUCUGGUAUUUCUAAAAUGGAUUCACGAGAAUAAUAAAACUGAAAAUUGGAAUCAUGGAUUGCUCGAUCUUGCAGCCAGAAGUAAUCAAUUGGAUGUUUUAAAAUGGUUGCACGAGAACAAAACUGAAAGAUGCUCUGUACAGACCAUGAAUGCUGCAGCUGGUUUAGGAUACUUAUCAAUCAUCGAGUUUCUUCAUUUUAAUAGAACUGAAGGUUGUACAACUGAUGCACUUGACAAUGCAGCUAGCAAUCGACACUUAGAUGUUGUGAAAUUCCUUCAUUUUAAUAGGAGUGAGGGUUGUACAACGAGAGCAGUUGAUUCAGCAUCAAAGAAGAGGUACCUUGAUGUUGUUAAAUGGCUAUUGGAGAACAGAACUGAAGGAUAUACAGCCAAUGCAAUGAAAAGUAGAUGUAAAUAUGUUAUAAAUUGUUUGAAAAAGCAUUCAAAUAAAGCAAUAUAA